UGUGUUUUCAGUGUGGGUGUCGCUUUAAGACUCCGCGGUUCCGCUCUCUCUCUCUCCCUCUCUCCCCCCUCUCUCUCUUUUUUCCCUUUUUCUCGGAUCUCACGGGUUUUUGGUCGCGAUCAGGAUGGAUGCCGGGCCCCUGGGCUCGCUGCUGUCGCCAUUUUGGGGGUUGUGAGGAAGUUUUUUUUUGUGUGUUUUAUUUUUUGGGGGAGCGAGGAGGGGGAAGGGAAAUCUUAUUUUGUUUUUUUCUCUUUCUCUCUGUGUGUGCGUGCGUGCGAGGGCCCCGGAGAUCCUGGUGCAUCGAGUUCCGUUCAGUCUAGGCGUAGGACAACUUGGACCUUUCUCUCUCUUAUCUCCCCCUUCCCUUCUCUCUCUCACCCUCCUUUCUCUCUCUCUUUCUAAUUUCACUGUCUCAACGCCUCUCGUUCCCCCUUCCUUCCUUUAUUCCCCGCCUCCCCCCCCCCACCACCUCCCCGCAGUUCUAGUUUCCCCUUCCUGGUCUUCAUUCCGUGCUUUGUGUCUGAAUUUUUAAAUGAGAGAGAGGGGCGGUUGGAAAAGCAGUUUUUAAAAUAAAUAUAUUAUUGGAUUUUUUUUGGGAGGGUUUAGGAUUUUUUUUAACCUUUCGACCGUCGGAAAUGGUGAGAAAAUGUCGGGCUCUGCGCUGAAACAAGAGCUCAAAUUACUCGAGUCGAUCUUCCAUCAGAAACACGAGAGAUUCCGCAUUGUUUCUGGGUCUCUGGACGAAAUCAGCUGUCAGUUUGUUACCCAGGAACAGGUUCUGGUCAUCCACUGCAAUAUCACGGAGUCCUAUCCCUCGGUGCCACCCAUAUGGUUCGUGGAAUCAGAUGACCCCAACUUGGCAGCAGUGCUAGAGCGACUCGUUGACCUCAAGAAAGGAAACACACUGCUCCUUCAACAUUUAAAGCGGAUAAUAUCCGACCUGUGCAAACUUUACAACCUCCCACAGCACCCGGACGUGGAGAUGUUGGACCAGCCGCUGCCCACGGAACAGAGCACACGGGACGACGUAACAUCUGAGGAGGAGGACGAGGAGAUGGCAGAGGACAACGAAGACCUGGACCAUUACGAGAUGAAGGAAGAAGAGCCGGCUGAGGGCAAAAAAUCAGAGGACGAGGGCAUCGGAAAGGAAAACCUGGCUAUAUUGGAGAAAAUUAAAAAGAACCAGAGGCAAGAUUAUCUAAAUGGGGCGGUGUCCGGGUCUGUACAGGCCACCGACCGGCUUAUGAAAGAGCUCAGGGACAUUUACCGAUCAGAGAGUUUUAAAGCAGGAAACUAUGCAGUUGAACUUGUCAACGACAGCUUAUAUGACUGGAACGUAAAAAUCCUCAAAGUCGAUCAGGACAGUGCUUUGCAUAACGACCUCCAAAUCCUCAAAGAGAAAGAAGGCGUUGACUUUAUUUUGUUAAAUUUCUCUUUUAAAGAUAAUUUCCCAUUCGACCCACCCUUUGUACGGGUUGUAUCUCCAGUGCUCUCAGGAGGAUAUGUCCUUGGAGGGGGAGCAAUUUGCAUGGAACUGCUAACGAAACAGGGCUGGAGCAGCGCCUACUCCAUCGAGUCCGUCAUUAUGCAGAUCAGUGCGACGCUGGUGAAAGGGAAAGCGAGGAUUCAGUUCGGGGCCAAUAAGGUAAGGGAGUCACAGUACAGCCUGACCAGAGCACAGCAGUCCUACAAAUCGCUGGUCCAGAUUCACGAGAAAAAUGGUUGGUAUACCCCACCCAAGGAAGACGGCUAACAGUGACAGAUGUCCUGUGCUUCAGGACCAAUUACGCUGCAUCAGUCGGGAAAAAAAAACUCCAUUUUAUCAGUAGCUGCCUCUUCCCCUGUGAGACGAACGGGCUUUGGCCGGAACAUCGGAUCAUACACUUACUAUAAAAUAAAACCUGUAUAUACAAGUAUACAUCUGUACACUCACGGACAAAUACUGCAAACUUCUUCUCUGUUGCCAGGCCCAAUUCCUGGGCUCCUGCUCUCGCAGACUCUUAAAUCCACCUCAUGUAAACUGGAUUUUGAAUAGAUUCCGAUCAAUUUUGCAUCUAGUUUUUUUUUGUUUCACUUUGGUCCCCCCUCUCCCUUCCCACUUCACUCUAACUAGGCAUCAAUGUGGACGUUUAAUUUAUUUUUUUCUUCUUCACAUGCACCUUUUUUUUUCUCUUUUUGUUUAAAAUGUAUGCUGGUUUUGUGAAGAUGUGUAACUUUCUGAAACAAUAAUUACAGUUUAUUAAUGACUGCAGCCUUUUUGUUUCCCGGCCUGUCACUGGCUUGUUCCCUAGUGUAUGUAACAUGUUCUGUGAUUGGUAGAAGGGCUGGGGGUGGCCACUAUGGGGACUUGCUAAUGAUUUAGAUUUAUUUAUCACAUGUACAGCGAAACAUACAGUGAAAUGCAUCGUUUG